UGUGUUAUUAGAUUACAGUACUCCAACUUCACAGCAGCAUCCGAGCUCUCCAAGUCAAGCUCGUGCAUGGCCCCAGUUAUCACCAUGACCUCUCUCGACACUGGUUUGAAAGCUGAAGUGAUUUCAGGAGAUAAAGGAGAGAUGCAGACCAGCAUCAGUGUGGAGGAGGACGAGAGACCGAAGAUCCUCCCGUUCAGUGUUGAAGCGCUGAUGGCAGAUCGGAGACCGAGCAGCUCUUCCGCCGGAACCUCGCAUGCUCUCAUCCCGGAGGCAGACUCAGACCGGGCCGGUGCUCGUCUGGCAUUCUCUGUUGACGUUCUGAAACUGCACGAGAGCGCGCCGGUGAAGGCGGAGAGCCCGGAGCGCGCGGAGCGGAGCACGUGGAUUCAUCAGCUCUCUCCCCGGCGUCUCAGUCCUCCAGCGUGUCCUCUGAGAAAACACAAAACCAACCGGAAGCCUCGGACCCCGUUCAGUACGUCACAGCUGCUGGCGCUGGAGAGGAAGUUCCGUCAGAAACAGUAUCUGUCCAUCGCAGAACGGGCCGAGUUCUCCAGCUCUCUGAACCUGACCGAGACUCAGGUGAAGAUCUGGUUCCAGAACAGACGAGCUAAAGCCAAGCGGCUCCAGGAGGCCGAGCUCGAGAAGAUAAAACUGGCCUCUAAACCGAUGCUUCCUCCCGCCUUCGGCUUUUCAUUUCCCGUCGGUGCUCACGCUUCAUACACGGGAUCACACCCGUUUCACAGACACUCGGUGAGCGUGACUCCGGUGGGACUGUACACACACAUGGGAUACAGCAUGUACCAUUCAUCUUAAAGCACGGUCCAGUGCAUCUGAAUCUCUGCGAGGAAAUGCUGUCAUCUUCAGCGAAUCUGUUCCGACAGAAGUGGACUUUACUCUAACAGUGACAUUUCACACGUCCUGUACUUUCACAGAGACUCAUGAGAAUGGAUUUGGUCAAAGGUAGGUCAGGAGAAAAGAGUCUGACACUUGCAUUCGUAGCAAUGCGUUUAUGAUCAAUCGGCGAAUGCAAACUGUUUUAAACAACAGCAUUUUAAAAUAACUGUUUAAAUGAUUCCCUUCCAAAGGGAUCUGAAAUGUAAAAUAUUGUACAUUUAGACAUAAAUUCCAUUUAUAUGAUGAAUAUAUUUGUUUAAUAAAUUAAUGACAAACUGUU